AUGAUCCGUCAGGGAGGAAACCGGCUCCUGAUCAAGGUCGUGACGGUGAGCCGGAAUCUGGACCCUGAGGACACGGCACGCAAAAAAGCUCCUCCCCCACCAAAGAGAGCCCCCACCACAGCCCUGUCGAUGCGCUCCAAGUCGAUGACGUCGGAGCUGGAGGAGCUCGUGGAUAAAGCCACUCUAAGGAAAAAGAAAGGUGACAAAGUUGAAGAGAUGACUCACGCCCAGAAGACGUCACCUGUUGAUAUGAAGAUCGCCACGAUCAAACCACGCCCCUCCAGUCGCUGCCUGGUUACGCCCACUGAUAUGAAUUCCAUGUAUCAUGACCGCCAGGGAGUAGCAGUGGUGCCACCCACUGUGCCUGGAGCCUUCCUGGGGUUACCGGAGAAGGGCACCAUCAAAAAGCAGAAGUCAAUAGGUACAGAGGAGGAUGACAAACAAGGAUUCCUCACACCUCCGCUACUAAAGUUCGCCCGCAGCCUCUCUAUGCCUGACACCUCAGAGGACAUCCCUCCUCCUCCAGCCAUUUCACCCCCUUCUCCACCUGGAUACAACUCGGCUGCUGGGCCUACAUCCAAAGGCUAUGGCACGACACGGCCCAGCUUCACCCAGAACUCACCCAAUGCAGUGACGACCAUAAGCAGAGCCGGCGUUGGUACGUUGAGGCGUGGCUAUUACCGCCAGAGCUCAGAGCAGUUUGAGAGCACACGUUUACGAGGGCGCGCACCAGUGCCAGAGAACCCUUACUCCGAGGUGGGCAAUAAGACACUGUAUGUGCCAGCAAAACCAGCUCGAAGGAAGGGCAUGCUCGUAAAGCAGUCCAAUGUUGAGGACAGUCCUGAGAAGACGUGUCACAUGUCAGCAAGCCCCUCAGGCCCGGUCUCCAUGCCUACUACGCCUGUAGAACGAACAUGCUCAUCCAUCCCCAUCCCCACAAUCAUUAUCAAGGAGCCCUCCACCAGCAGCAGUGGCAAGAGCAGCCAGGGUAGCAGUAUGGAGAUUGAGCCCACCACCCCUGAACACCCGCCUCUCACAUCUACUGUUGGUGGAAGUGGAGGUCUCCGUCCUGACGACCCACUGUCUCUAAGUAACCCCUUUGCUGCAGCUAUUGCUGGGGCAGUACGUGACCGAGAGAAGAGGCUUGAGGCAAGAAAGAACUCAAUUGCCUUCCAGUCGAUAGACAUUGGGGAUGAUGAUUUGAGUGGUCCAACACCAACCCCUCGCCUUCGCCAGUCAAAGUCCAUCGAUGAGGGCAUGUUUAGUAGCGACGAGCGGCUUAGAAGGAUAUUGGCCCCUCCCAUAGCACGGCUUGGGCCCCCUGUAGGGGGUGGUAGUGGCAACAUGACAGAUUUUAAUACUCCUGAGCCAACAGUUGUGCGGGAGCCGCUGAACACCAGAACUGGCCAGUGUCCCAACUUGGACAGUCCUGUUAGUCUCCCAGCCACUCCUCCUAAGAGCCACUACAGGGCCAAUGGAACCUACCUCCACCCUGUCACCGGCAAGCCCUUGGACCCUAAUUCUCCACUUGCUCUGGCCCUGGCAGCUCGUGACCGGGCCAUGAAGGAGCAACAAAACCAUCCUCAGAGUCAGCCUCCAAAUCCUCCUCAGGUUCAAACCCCCAAGCACGAAGCCCAGUCCCUUCCAAUCCAGCCAAGCCACAAACCAGACCUCAACCAACCUCUCUUUAUUGACACCAAACUGCGCUCUGGCAUAGAGACAAGCUUUGCUGCAAUCUCCACGGCAACCAUGGGACGUCCUGGCCGAGGUGGCCUGCGGAGACAGAUGACAGAGCAAAAGUAUGAGUCAGAUGGGGCACGGGAAGAGAGGCAGCAUCAGGCCGCCGAGGAGAGGAAAAGUGCACCAGCCGAUGUGGCGGACACGUCACAGCCCAAGUCAGCAGGGCUCUUGAUGGUCCACACCAGCACAGAAGCAAGCUCCAAGGUUAACAACCAAGAUGUGGAGGGGCAGGACAGCAACAGGCCAUCUGAGCUGAAGGACCCCAACCAACCAGAUCCACACAACCCUCCGACACUCUCCAAUCCCCAGCCACCCUCAUCACGGAGGAGGAGCGUUCCAUUGGGUGAAUCCUUGGAUGAACCAGUAAAGCUGCCAUUUCGAAUCCCACCUCCCCCCCUGGCCUCAGUUGAUAUUGAUGAAGACUUUGAAUUCACAGAGCCCCUCCCCCCACCACUGGAGUUUGCCAACAGUAUUGACAUUCCUGAUGACCAGGCUAGUGCCAUCGCAGAGAUGCUUCAGCAACAGAGACGGAAUGGGGGACCUCCAUUACCCCCCUAUCAUCCUCACGCCCCUCCACCUGUCAUUGAUCAACACAAACGGGUGGCGAACAGCAUGCCCCCCUCAUAUCCUCCUCCUCCACCGGACCAAGAGUCGGGGGUGGGUGACUCGGGCAUCGAAGAGGUAGACAGCCGCAGUAGCGGGGAUCCUCAGCACAUGGAGACCACCAGCACCGUUUCCAGCAUCUCCACCCUGUCGUCAGAGGGAGGCUUCUGCGACAGCGCUCUGGAGAGCCUCUAUGCCACUGCAGACGGACAUGCCUUCCUGGUGGAUCGGCCCCCUGUGCCCCCCAAACCCAAGGGCAAGUCUGUCAUCAACAGGACAUCACUUUAUCAUGAUGCUCUCAUUGAAGAGCCCCCAGAGUCCUAUGGGUCUCCGCCUCAGGCCCCUCCCCCUCCCCCUUCAUCCUCUGAACCUCCUAGGACACCCACUCAAAGGACAUCCAAGCUGUGGGGCGAUCAGCCCCCAGAGCUGUGCAGCCCCCCAUCCACACCAGACACCAAGAACACCGUCAUCACUGAGCUGAGCUCCAUUCUGCAGCAAAUGAAUCGCGACAGGCCGCCCAAGCCAGGAGAAAGCCUCGACUCCCCCACUGGGACCAGGGGGGCCUUUGGAACAAGGCCUCCCACAGAAGACUCAGGAACGCGUAAUAACGCCGCUGCCCCCCUCACCUCCACCCCACCCAGCAGCCUCCCAUCCCAGACGCACCCCUGCAGCCCCCCAGACUCCGUCUCCUCCCUCACCCCCUGCUCUUCGCUGCCUCCAUCCGUGUCUCCCACCCUCACCGACGUCUUCGGCCUGCCCACCCCGCCGAUGGGCAGCGGCGGCGGCUACAGCCUGAGCUCCUCCUACGGCGGCAGCGGCAGCUCGCGCUCCCCUUCGCCGCUCACGCUGAUGCAGGCCGUGGCGGCCUCGGGCAAGCCCUUCGCCUCCAAACCCAUGGAGCUGUGGAGCAAGCAUGAUGUGGCGGACUGGCUGGAGAGCCUCAACCUGGGGGAGCACAGGGACGCCUUCCUGGACAAUGAGAUCGAGGGGGCCCACCUGCCCUCGCUGCAGAAAGAGGACCUGAUAGACCUGGGUGUGACGAGGGUGGGCCACCGUAUGAACAUCGAGAGGGCCCUCAAGCUGCUGCAGGACAGAUAAGCCUCAAGGAGACGGGGGGUGGAGUCAGGAGAGGGAGCCGUGACCCACCACUUCUACCAAUCUCUUCAUCAGACACGAUCUCAAGUCCUGGAACUGGCUCAAGGUUUCGUCCAAGCUGAUGCUGCCUGUUUUUGUCCUCUCUCAUUCUCCGUAGUCGCCCUCAUCUCAGUGCUCCGGUCUCGUCCGUCCUCCUCCUCCUUCCCACCGUCCGGAGCAUCAGAGGAUCAUGGGAUUUGUGGAGGAACUGCAGAGGGAAGGGAGAAGAGAAUAGCUGCUAUGUCACAUCAUGGAGGGAGAAAGCAGAGGAGGCCAGUGUGAAGAGACCUGAGGACAAAAAACUCUGGAACAGUUUGUCCUCAAACACUGGAAGAAAACACUCAUCCUGAAGUUUCACAAAGACUCUGCUCAACCCACUGCUUUGGAAUACUCAAGACUUUUUCCAUACACCCCAGUGAGGGUGCAUGAACAACCAGCUGAGCUGGUCGUUGCUCCUUUUCUAUCUUUGCUAGAGUUUGUCAGAGAAUAAUAUUUCUUCACUAGAGUCCUACCAGAGUUAUAUUUCUGGUUGCAUCUGAUGUUGUAGAGAAAAUUUGAGAUAGACUCCAUUUUUUUUGCUUUUCACCUGUUUGUGUCAAAGUUAAAACAUUAGUUGAAACAAAUACUAAAGCAUAUCUUGUCCACGCACGCACACACACACACACACACACACACACACACACACACACACACACUGUUGCUGUAA